UGAGGAGCUGAGAGUCCCCAAAAGUGGGAUGAAGUUCACUGAUGGCAAAGCCCUUUUAAUCUCCCAGGCAGAAGGGCCUUGGUUGGUCAUCUUUCUUGGCCCAUCCCAAAAAGGAGAACCGGCCUCAGAGCAGUAAGGCAACAGAAUGCCCCCUGGGGUGGACUGCCCCAUGGAGUUCUGGACCAAAGAGGAGAGCCAGAGCGUGGCUGUUGACUUCUUGCUGCCCACUGGGGUCUACCUGAACUUCCCGGUGUCCCGAAAUGCCAACCUCAGCACCAUCAAGCAGGUGCUGUGGCAUCGUGCACAGUAUGAGCCACUCUUCCACAUGCUCAGUGAUCCUGAGGCUUAUGUGUUCACCUGCGUGAACCAGACAGCCGAGCAGCAGGAGUUGGAGGAUGAGCAGAGGAGGUUGUGUGAUAUCCAGCCCUUCCUGCCGGUGCUUCGGCUGGUGGCCCGAGAGGGCGACCGCGUCAAGAAGCUCAUCAACUCCCAAAUCAGCCUCCUCAUUGGCAAAGGUCUCCACGAGUUUGAUUCCCUGCGGGACCCGGAAGUGAAUGACUUCCGCACUAAGAUGCGCCAGUUCUGUGAAGAGGUUGCUGCUCACCGCCAGCAGCUGGGCUGGGAGGACUGGCUGCAGUAUAGUUUUCCGCUGCAGCUGGAGCCCUCAGCAAGGAGUUGGCGGGCCGGCAUCCUGCGCGUCACCAACCGAGCCCUGCUGGUCAAUGUGAAGUUCGAGGGCAGUGGGGAGAGCUUCACCUUCCAGGUAUCCACCAACGACAUGCCCCUGGCACUGAUGGCCUGUGCCCUCCGAAAGAAGGCCACAGUGUUCCGGCAGCCUCUGGUGGAGCAGCCUGAAGACUAUGCACUUCAGGUGAACGGGAGGCAUGAGUACCUCUAUGGCAGCUACCCGCUGUGCCAGUUCCAGUACAUCUGCAGCUGCCUGCACAGCGGACUGACCCCCCACCUGACCAUGGUCCACUCCUCCUCCAUCCUCGCCAUGCGGGAUGAGCAGAGCAACCCUGCCCCCCAAGUCCAGAAACCACGCACCAAACCUCCCCCAAUCCCUGCUAAGAAGCCCUCCUGUGUGUCCCUGUGGUCCCUAGAGCAGCCGUUCUGCAUUGAGCUGAUCGAGGGCAGCAAAGUGAAUGCGGAUGAGCGGAUGAAGCUGGUUGUACAGGCCGGGCUCUUCCAUGGCAAUGAGAUGCUGUGCAAGACGGUGUCCAGCUCAGAGGUGAACGUGUGCUCGGAGCCCGUGUGGAAACAGCGGCUGGAGUUCGACAUCAGCGUCUGUGACCUGCCGCGCAUGGCCCGGCUCUGCUUUGCACUCUAUGCCGUUGUGGAGAAGGCUAAGAAGGCGCGCUCUACAAAGAAGAAGUCCAAGAAGGCAGACUGCCCCAUCGCCUGGGCCAACCUCAUGCUCUUCGACUACAAAGACCAGCUCAAGACUGGGGAAUGCCGCCUUUACAUGUGGCCCUCUGUCCCAGAUGAGAAAGGAGAGCUGUUGAACCCUGCGGGUACAGUGCGUAGCAACCCCAACACAGAGAGUGCUGCGGCCCUGGUCAUCUGCCUGCCUGAGGUGGCCCCCCAUCCUGUGUACUUCCCUGCCCUGGAGAAGAUCCUGGAGCUGGGGCGUCAUGGGGAGCGCGGGCGCAUCACAGAGGAGGAGCAGCUGCAGCUACGGGAGAUCCUGGAGCGGAGGGGGUCUGGGGAGCUGUAUGAACAUGAGAAGGACCUGGUGUGGAAACUGCGGCAUGAAGUCCAGGAGCAUUUCCCAGAGGCUCUGGCCCGCCUGCUCCUGGUCACCAAGUGGAAUAAACAUGAGGAUGUGGCCCAGAUGCUCUAUUUGCUGUGCUCCUGGCCCGAGCUUCCUGUGCUGAGCGCCCUGGAACUGCUGGACUUCAGCUUUCCUGACUGCUACGUGGGCUCCUUCGCCAUCAAGUCCCUGCGGAAGCUGACGGAUGACGAACUUUUCCAGUACCUUCUGCAGCUUGUGCAGGUGCUCAAAUACGAGUCCUACCUGGACUGCGAGUUGACCAAAUUCUUGCUGGACCGAGCCCUGGCUAACCGCAAGAUCGGCCAUUUCCUCUUCUGGCACCUCCGCUCUGAGAUGCAUGUACCAUCCGUGGCCCUGCGAUUUGGCCUCAUCAUGGAGGCCUACUGCAGAGGCAGCACCCACCACAUGAAGGUGCUGAUGAAUUGUAAGCAUCACUGUGACAAACAGUCCGCUCGCUGUCCAGCCUGA